AUGACAAUCAUCAUGGAUGAAACCGACACAAGUGUCGCCGGGUUGCCCAUAGCGUACUACGUGCUUCUGGCUGAGUUUGACAUUGACACCGGAUCCUGCUUACGUGUGAAGUAUCCGUCUGUCACGUCACGGGUGGAAGAGAACACACAUGUCGAGGGAAACACAUUGUGUGGUGUGGCUGAGGGGGAGAAUGACGUAUUGGCGAAGUGGUUUGAUGUCUUGGGCUUGGAUGACGAAUAUUGCGCAAGUCACAUGUUACCGGAUGGUGCCGAGAAGCAAGUGGUUAGCCGAACUAUUUUUAUUGUCAAUCGGUCCAAGCCUGCGAAUGUGGAUUGCCUUCCCGUGUACUGUUUCACGUUGGCGGGGUCAACACGCGCGAAGGAGUUGGAAAUAACUUGUCUAAAAUCGGAUGCACAGUCGGAAUGGGUACGACACACGUCAACUGGGGAAGCAUUUCUACAUGAGGAGUUGCAUUACAAUCAAACUACAGGGGAAGUACUUGUUCGCUCCAAAGGCAGUGUGGUGUGGGGCCCUUUAAUGGCCCGAGCGCCCGACGCAUUUCAAGUAUUUCCUACUCUUCCAAGGAGGGUUGCUGCCUUUGCCCAAGAAAUAGAGAAGGGGUUUGCGUCACAGAACGCGAAUGGAGCAGGUAUAAGAGAUUCCUUGGAAAAAGAUACGGCGCCGUUUUCAAAUAGUACUUUGGUGUCACCGGCAAAUAUUGCGGGAUAUUCAUUCUUUGUGAUUUAUGUUGACUCGAAGUAUCAUGGAUUUUUAACGCAGUCGACACAACUGGAGCUGUUGAUGAAGUCGAAAACGAUGCCACAACCACCACCAGGGGCAGGAACAACGAGAGAGGAGGAAGAGAAAGGAAAUUCGUCAAGUAGGGUUUUGCACCGCACCGAAUCCUCCAAUGUGCCGCCCCUCUACGGUCUCUGUGCAGUGGUGACGCGCCAAGAUUCCUCCGUCAGGCGUGGUGGUAUCAGUAAGAGUGUGGCUCUUUUAGGGCCCAAACUGGUAUGGCUUGAGUCUUUUUUCCCAAUUCUUGUUGAGACGGCAUUGCAGUGCUGCGAUAUAAAAGGAAAAACAGAGGAGGCAUUGGAGCAGCAGACGGUUCUGGUGCGACGCUGCUUUGAAGCUGUUGAGAAGGCGACAUGCGCCUUACAACGCUCUAUUCGCGAUGUAGCAGGAAUUUCUUUGGAACACGAAGUUAUGCGUCGUUUCACCACAAGUGGUAGACAGGCGAAUGUCUCAUGCGCUGUCUUGCCCUUUGGGACGUCGCACAGUUUGCACAUUCCCCUUUUUCCUGAAAUGUACGAUUUUGUUUUUUCGCGCUAUGGUUUGGAACAAAUGGUUGAGGUUUGUGGCGCAUCCUUUUGGACGGUUGUUAUGGCUAUAUUAUUAGAAAAACGUGUUGUGGUUCUCUCCCGACAAGGACUUGCUAAUGACGUUUGUGAGGCCGCGUUGUCCCUUGGUCUCAUUGGUAACCUGUUGGACCCUCAUUUCGUGACAAAAAAAGUGUUUCCCUACACAUCUGUGAAUGGACUCUCUCAUUUUUGCAGUGUUCCUGGAUACAUUGUGGGCACAUUAAACCCUAUCUUUGAGAUGCAGCACACCUGGUGGGAUGUUCUAUGUGAUUUGGACAAUAAGUGUGUCGUUUUGUCUCCCGAGUGUAAUAGCAUUAGCCAAUGUAACGGCACUGGGAUUGCUGGUGGAAAGACAAGCGGUUGGGCGACACAAGAUGCGCAGUUUGCCAAGGAUAUCCUUAGUAAAGUAUACCAAAUGAAAGUUAUGCGAAAAACAUUACAAGAACGGAAUCACUUGAUUUGUUUAAUGCUGGAAGAAUACUUUGCGUUGAUGAUCAUGGUGGGUGAGGCGCCUGACCACAUCCUUAGUCGUUUUAUGCAAACGAAUUUUCUAACACCAAGUUUUGCUCGGCUUCGGGCGCUUGCACAAGGAAGUUCACUUUUCAGUGGUAUGCCAGGGCGUCUUCUUCUUCCUGGUGAGGAUCCAUCGUUAAUUAUUGCUGCUGCCACUCUACGCCGAGCUAGUAACUGUGAUGAGAUGGAGUUGAUACGAACACUAAACCAUCUUCUUAGCUUUUUAUGCUCAUCUAAGGAAGUUAUCCUUCUGUUGCGGCGCAUGCCACUAGCUCUGGGGGGGUUGAAUCCACUUGCAUCGCAGCUUCUUCACACCUCACCUCUAGUGCGUCAGGCAGCUCUGGAGCUGAUGCGACGUGUGGAGGUCUUUCCGCCUGGUAGAGACGCCAUUGCAGCGAUGAAUAGUUUUUUUUGCAUGGUGUACGAGUCGGCUUCUCGGGAUGCAUGA